CCAAUUCAACUUUUGCACCCAACAGGGAAGCGUCCGACCGUCAUGGCGUACCAAUCUGUCUUAUGCUACUUGUUCGGCUCACUUAUUCGAUUGUGGUUAUUUCGAACGUCUUUUCCGAAGUGGUUGUCGUCGCGAAAUGAAGUUGUUACACCUCUUACAUCGUGGGAGAGAGUUCAGGAAGGAAUGGCUUUACAAGAAACUUAUAUUUCGCCAUACGCAGGAGAUAUUUUUCACGAGACACCCCUCCUCCUGAGGCUGCUCCAGUAUGUGGCCAAGGUACCACAGAUGACAGACAUUCUCUUUGUUUUCAUGGAUGUACUCAUUGGUAUGGUUCUGUCCAGAAUUGCUAUGGAAUUUGGACGAUACAUGCUGGAGAGACAAGCCCAGGGGGUAUCCAGAUAUGCAGCAAAUGUUGAGAAGCUAGUUCUUCGAGGCAGUGAUCUCAAGUGGCUGCAGACGUAUGUUAUUGUGGUGCAUUUCUUGAACCCCUAUAGCAUUGCAGUUUGUCUAUCCAAGUCAACAGCAGUGUUCACCAACCUGGCAACUCUGCUCACCAUCCUCAAUGCACUGCAAGGCAAUGAGAUACUGUGCUCCCUGUUCCUGGCACUGGCAGCCUACCAGUCCCUGUACCCUUUUGUCUACAUUGUGCCUGUUGCACUUUUAUUUUAUAAAAGAGCCUACCCAAACGCCACCUGUUAUACAUCAGCGGAGGCAGUGGGCAGCUAUCUGUACACUAGUGCCUGCUUCCUCAUCUUCAUCUUGCUACUCAUUGGAGUCUCAUAUGGCCUGGAAAAUUCCUGGGACUUCCUGUACUCAACAUAUGGAUUCAUCCUGACUGUCCCUGAUCUCAGCCCCAAUAUUGGAGUUUUCUGGUAUUUCUUCACUGAGAUGUUUGAGCAUUUCCGGAACUUCUUCAUAUGCGUUUUCCAGAUCAAUGCUGUUGUAUAUACUGUGCCUCUUGCAGUCAAACUCAGGGACAGCCCAGUGUUCCAACUGUAUAUGUUGGUAUUCCUCACCAGCAUCUUCAAAUCCUACCCCAGUUACGCUGAUGCAGCCCUCUUCUUGUCUCUGCUGCCGCUAUGGCAACACUGCUUCUCAUAUAUGAGAAACAAGUUUGUUGUCGGGUGUAUGUUCCUUUCUUGCUCUGUGGUGGCACCCAUCUUGUGGCAUCUGUGGAUUUAUGCUGGUAGCGCCAAUGCUAACUUCUACUUUGCCAUUACUCUGACAUUCUCCACAGCUGAGAUAUUUUUGGUGACCGACUUGUUGUUUGCCUUCUUGCGAAGGCAGUAUGAUCUGAAUCAUGGGAUGGAUCAGAAGCUUGAUGACGGGAAGCCAGCACAGAUAGUUCUGGACUGAGUCAGUGUGCUCACACAGCAGUAAGGACACAACAUGCAGUCAUCUUGUUAAACAGAGAACUACAUGUAUCAAGUUACUCUUACAGUGCUCAAUGUGGGAAUAGAAUUAUGCACUGUGGUCAUAAAUAUCUGUGAGGAAUGCAGGUAUUGUAAUAGAAUUCCAUGUCAAAUUAUUUUCUAUGACUUGCUUGAGAUAAUGCACAUUUAGAGUAAAGAACUGGCUUCAUUCCAUCUCCACCAUGCAUGUCUGUGCAUCUGUUCAUCCAUCACAUUUCAGGUGAUACAAAAGAAACUGUUCAAGAUAUCUCUGUGAAACUUGACACACACACUAAUCAUAUGGUCUGUUGGUGUCUUUUCUUUUCUGAACAUUAUGAAUGAAGUAUUUUCAGUCGAGCUCUGUUGUUUCGAACUCAUGGGAAUCUGGAAAAAGAUUUGAGUUUUCCAGUGUUCGAGACCAGAAACGAAGUGAAUUUCCGAAAAGCAAACAUCAUGUUAUGAGAGAUUAUUACAUGUCAUCUAUUCAUGUUUGGUUUCCUACUACGUCUCAAUGUUGAUAACCAUAUUGUAUCCAAUAAUUAGAUACAUGUCUCAUGUAACAUUGUUUUAAAUAAUUUAUUCAUCUGUUGGUAACAUUCAAUUUAAUUAUUUUUUGUACUGAUAGUCACAUGAGAACACUUGAGUAACUUACUGCUAAUGUGUAUACAUUAAUUGUCAUACUCCUUUGAUGAAAGUUGUGCUUGUUAAUCAGUCUCGUUCAGAUAUUUGCAUGUUGUGCUAAGUUAUUUCGAAAGCUUCCUGUGGCAUUUGCUGUAAGGUCAGUCAGUUGUGUGUGAAGUAAGUUAAAAGUUGAAAGUUUAGCGAGUGUGGGUGUGUGGAGAGUAUUUUUUAAUUUGAACUGUUCGAGUCAUCAGAAGGAUUUUUGUUGUUUAAUUUGGAUGAUUGGCACUCCCAAAUGAGUUUGGGAUAACUGGAAAUUCAACACAUCCAGUUUGAUAGGUCCGAGUAUUAAUUAUGAUAAAUGUAGAAGGAAUUUGCAGGGACAGAAAGGUGAGUUCGAGGCAACCAGGAAUUCAACACAUCAAAGUUCGACACAACAAGGUUCGACUGUCGUUGGUUUUCUCUGCUGAUGAAAUAAGAUCUUAUUUUACUGAGUCAGGAUUGGGUUUAAUCUGGAGCAUAAUUAAAACAAUGUUAUUACACAUUCUGUUGGAGAUGGGUUCAUUAUAAGUGUUCACCGAUCUCGAAGGGGACAUCGGUUGAUGUGUGACAUGUAUCAACUAUCUCUUCUCAUGGAUGAAAAAUAGUAAGCUUUUCACUACCAUGAUGUGAACA